CUCAUAAGGGUCACUACUCUCAAUCAUCCCGAAGGUUUGUAAGUUCUGGCAUGAUAGUAUGCUCGUUGUGACGAGCAAAGGGUUCUGUUGCACUUCUUCUCGCGCAUCUUGCAGCAAGGUCGAAGCGGGCUCUAGCCAAAGGGUUUUGAGUGCAUCGAGCCCCCCAAAGCAUGCCGAAGAAUUCGAAAAAAGACAUGCGGGAAACUUGAGGUUACUCCGAAUAAUGAUCAAAGGUGCUCCAGGGCAGGAAGUUGGAAGAGCUCGUAGGGGAUGGAGCCACGAAAAUAUGCAGAGCCAGGGUCAAGGUAUAGCGCGCGCAGACGGGUCAGAUUGCCGAUUGAGCGAGGGAGGUUGCUGAUUGAUGAGGAAACGAUCUAAAACGGACAGAAAGUGGGAGAUAGAUAUCGGCCAAAGGCCCUCCCGAAGAGAGGCAGUGAGGUCAGAUAACCUGCUUACCCUGUCGAUAACCAAGAGACGCAGUGAGGUCAGAUUCUGGAGUCCUUCGUCACUGAGAUGUACUUUGAUUGGUACGUCAGCAAGCACGAGCCCCAACAUGCCUUGAAGGUGGUGCAGGGAAGGCAUCCGCGUGUUGUCAGUUACUGACGCUUUCCAGGCAGGAACGUGAGACCGAUUCGCUUCAUGAAGCCCACCAUUGAGAAACACCACAUAGCCGUCCUCUGACUCGUCGUCGUCGUGGCGGACACAUAUGACAAAAGACGCUGCACAGAUACCAGUCUCUACCUGGGCUUCCCUCACAGCUGGGUCCUCAUAUUUCCAGAGUCCUAGCUGAAUGGCGAAGUUCUUCAGAGCUUGGGCGUCUCUCCGGCACACUUGGCAAUCAGAUUCAGAAAGCUCAGUAAGGCGGUCGAGCGGCAAAACGUUGGCACCAAUCAGCCAGGCUUCAGUGCCAGGGCCGAGAUGAGGCAUACUCGCAAGCUCGUGCUCCGCGCGGAAGAAGGCCGACGCUUGCAGGAGCUCAUACUUUGCCAGUAUCUUCCAUCGCUUUCCCACCGGAGGAGGUAGACGAGGCUGCCGGGCUGGAUACCAGAACUGAACAGGGCCCUCCGUGUGAUAUGGCAUUUCUUUAUUAACAACGCCGAAGCCUCUCCAGGGAGAGGAGAUGCAGUCGAAAUCUGUAUUGUGCGCAAGGAGGCACUUAUUUCAUUCGAACAACCCAAGCUUGGCUACCUGAUGAAGGUAUCAGCGUGGUUGGUGCGUCUACGCGAAAGGCAGGGUCCCCUCUCUGCACCACAUCCAGAGUGGUGCUGGCGUCUACAUGCAAGAGAACAGGAGACAUCACGUCAACGAAGAGUCCAAGAUUCUACUUGUGGUUGAUGGAUAAGCCACAAGCAUUAAGCUCUUGUCCUUAACGGACAAGCCAGGCCAUUUUGUCGACACGCUUCUGUUGUAUGUGACAUUCCUAGAAGCUCCAGAGGGGUUCGGAGAGAGACAUGCAUAGUCGCACCCGAGAGUACCGCUGUCGUCUGCAUUCACCGAGAAACAAAUCUCGCUGCCGUCGUAGACAACAAGCACGGCUUUGCCAUUGGCUGUCCCGAACGCCGUAUGGCCGACUGUCAGCUCCACAUCUUGCGCGGAACACUCGUCCCACUCAUAGCAGUCAGCGCCCCAGCAGAUGGAGUGAUGAUGACACUCAUGAAAAUGCCCAUAGAUAUGAAUAGGAUUAUCGGCGUCCGCAUCUGCCGCUGGCGCUAUUGGAGUCGGACAAAAUGCUCCGUGAGGCCUCUUCAUCCUCAGGACCGGCAACGGAAUUGACGAAUUGAACCAGCGCAGCGUCCAGCUUGUUUCCUGUAGGGCUUCGUAGAUCUGAUAUAGCUCUGGCGUUGAGCACUUGCUAUCGUUGAAGAGCUGGUAGCCCUCAUCACACGAGCACUCAAAGCUGCCGACUGUGUUGUUGCAAGUGUGUUCGCAUCCACCAUUGUUGGUCUCGCACUCGUCGAUGUCUGGACCAAAGCAAUAUGUGACAUCAAACAGUUGCAUACAUUUGAUUUAUUCUCUUACCUUUGCAGUCCUCUCCGUCAGGUUCAAAGCCAUCCUGACAUAUACACUCAUAGCCACCGGCCGUAUUCUUGCAUGUGGCAUUUUUGUUGCAGGCUGCAGUUCCCUCCGCACACUCGUCGAUAUCUGAAAAAGCGAACUUUGUUCUUGUCAGAUCCUUUUUGUCACAUACCCCAGCACAAUUUGUCAGAGAUCGAAAUUCGAUAUCCGUCAUAACAGGAGCACACGUGAGAUCCUACAGUGUUAUUGCACACUUGCGAACAUCCUCCAUUUUCGGUUGCACACUCGUCAAUGUCUGUAUGAGAGACAAGGCCAACCACGAGAACUACUGAAGCCUUUCAUGCUGAUUCUCUCAGGUGUUUUUUCUUGCUGCACCUUGGCACUCUGGACAGCCAGUGAAGUUCCCUCGUGUGGUGCAUAGAAGGUCGUUGCGGACCACCUGAAACCCCUCCUUGCAAAUCACUCGACAUCCUGGGCUAGAAGUGGACCUCGCCAACGGACAAACACUUGAAGCAUCUGGCACUUGGGGAGGGGAGGCACAGGUGACGUCUGCAUAUGAGAAACAUGAGUCGAACACUUGGACUAGGGUACUUGGACUAGGCGUACCUUCAGUAGGAGGAGGGAUAGGCCAGUUCCCCAGCAACCAGACCCAGUGCCUCGCUUCCCAGCCAGCCUGUUGCAAUCGACUAAUUGCCACCACCGCCUCCUCUCCGCUUGCAUUAUCGAGGUGACUCACUGCCACAUCGGACCCAAAGGGUAUGAACGGUACUGGGAGCCUCCAGAGUUCUUUCGCUUCCUGUAUGACGCCGUUCUUCGGACUUUCCACUCGAAAUACGUAAGCGUAUCGCUGGUAAUCGUCGCCAACAACAACGAGGACAUACUUUCCGUCGAACGCCAAUCUGAUUUCUCCACUGGGUCCAUCUGAAGGACUCAGCUUAGCGAAGGGAUGACUCAAGUCGACAGCAGCGCUAUUGGUCCGCACCACUUCACCCAAAUCGUACAGCAGAACACAUGAGAGAGCCUGGCGGCCAUAGUUGAUGCCCACUGCAGCGAUUGUGCCUUUGAGAGCAACGGCCUCGAUUUUGGCGUCGUCCGUAGGCAGCCUCAAUCUUGCAAUCUCGAAGACGUCGACAAAGUUAAUUUCAUUGGCUGACACGUCGGAUACGCUGAAGACAUAUAGCUCUUUAUCGGACCAAUCGGCAUCCGUCCCUGCCACGAGGACGAUGUCUCCUUCGAGGGCCAGGCCAAUCCCCAAAUAUCCAUCUCGCAGUCGAUCUCGAAGUCGCAAUCGAGCGAUUCUUCUACUUGUCUUCGCGAUGGGGUCAUAUCCGAACACGUAAACUGAAAACAGUAAAAGAAAUGAGCACGGAACUAAUAACACCUUCGUGUCUGUAAGGCACCUGCUCCGACUCCAAUGAUUGCCCCGCCGUAACCAAUACGAAAAACAUCCGAUGCUGCAAUACGGUGAAAAACAUCAUCAACCACCGUGGUCCGCCCAAAACUCUGAAAGACCCCUCUCGGCUCUUCAAUAGUAAUAUCUGGGUUGAGCACGAGGGGGCUCUCGGGCUUGGAAGGAAGGGAAGGUAUGUUCAAGAAUACGAAGAGCCACUUCCUUGGUUGUUGAACGGAGCCACCUUUUCCAGCGACGACAACUGUCCGAUUCAUCACUGACACACAGUAUGGGGUGAUGGAGAGGUUGAACGGCGGCUGGAGCUGUGCGAACUCGUGUAAUUCAACCGGCUGUUCUGCAGACGAUGACUGCCUUGUAUCGGUCAUCCUCCAGUCGAAAACAUGGAAACCGUCACUUAUGAGAGCCCCAUCGACAGCGACAUAUGGGGUAUAGCCUUCAUCUGUCGCUGUCGACGGGGAUAGCCUCGCAAGCACAGGACCUGUCUUCUCUGUCUCGGGCUCCGUCUGGAGACCUCGCGCAGGAAUGUUACGGGAGGACUCUGAGGACGCAUCGUACUGUGGGCGCGGGGCAAACAGGCCUACACGCAGAAAGUACCUCCGGACACCCUUCAUCCUUCUUUGUCUCCGGCUCACCCUCGUUGCGCCCACUGGCGCAAAAUAUGAACCAAAAUAUCCACCACACGGGAAUGAUUAUCCACGAGGGCAGGUGCAUACCGAGAGGCAGCUCAGCCGAUCC